UUGUUCUCUGCUGCUGUUAUCAUUUGUUUUUUGUUGUUUUCUUUUCGCUUUCUUUUGUUCUUUUCUUUGCUCUCCAUUUGUCUGGUGUGCCGUCCAUCGCCCAGCUGUUGCUGGGGCAACCAAACCGAGGCGCUGCUAAGCGCGGCCGAGCUCGGCAGCAUCCGUCAGUGCUGCGCCCCCAAACGCCCCACCUUCCUCCACCUCAGCCACACUCAGCAAAAAAAACGCCCAUGCCCAAGGCCACCCCCACCACUGCCCACAAGCGGCCCUUGUCCGCAGCCAGCGCCUCUGCAUCUGCAGCACCACCUCCACCACUGCGCCCCGUGAGGUCAAGCCUAAGACCACAGAGAGACGUCCUCUAGUACCAAAGGCGACCACCACCUCCACGGCUCCAAAUGCUGCCCCCAAAAAUGUCUCUGCUACCACGGCACCCAGUAAACCAGCCAUGGCGCCCCGCACCGCCACAAGCGCACCCGCAACCAGACGCCCCCUGGCAUCAAAGACUGACAGCAAGCCAGGAGAGGAAAUCAAGCCCAGCACUCUGAAGUCAACAACAGCUGACUCCACCCGGCCCCGGACCAGCACCACCCGCAGCUCCAUAGCAAACACCACCAAUGCCACCCCCCGUGUCCGCCCCACCACCACCAAACCAGCCACCGCCCCCUCCUCCACAGUACCAGAGAAGAAGCCCCCUGGGCCCCGCGUCCCCCGUCCCACCUCUAACACCACUUGGGACAAUGUCAGCGCCUCGGGGACCACCUCCCGCCCAAGCACAGCCCCCGCACCUGACAUCCGCAACGUACGCUCCAAGAUCGGCUCCACGGUCAACAUGAAGUACCAGCCCGGAGGGGGGAAGGUCUCUGGCAGGAGCGACGCCCUGGUCCAAGGCUCCUCCUCCAAAGAGACCAGCCAGGCCAAAGUUCAGAUACUCAACAAAAAGGUGGACUUAAGCAAAGUGACAUCAAAGUGUGGCUCCAAGGCCAACAUCAAACACAAGCCUGGGGGCGGCGACGUGAAGAUCGAGUCCCAGAAAGUGAACUUCAAGGAUAAGGCUAAGUCCAAAGUGGGUUCAAUGGACAACCUGUGUCACGAGCCCGGCGGUGGCAACAUCGAGGCUGAGGGGGCCCAGGAGAUAGCAGAGGGGAAUGAGGUUCCCCCCAGUGAUACCCCAGUUCCAGCCACGGUGCCAGGACAGGCAAGCAGCCCCUCCCGGGAGAAUGGGGUGAAGGAGGACGCCCCCUGCCAGGGCCUCCAGGACCCCCAGGGCCUGGACUCAAGCAUCCCUGAGACAAAUUGAGUCUUUCAAACUCAACUUCUGCGAGAACGCCUGCUCUCGCACGGAUCACGGCGCCGACAUCAUAACCUGGCCAGCCCCAGACAACAGCCCCUCACACCUGCAACCCAGUGUCUCUCUCAAUGACUUCCUGGCCUCCGCCGGCUACCCCUGCUGCCCCCAACCCCCUCCCUCUUCCCCCCGUCGGGGCAUGGGGCAACGGCAGACUAGCAGGACUCGGAUCAUGACCCUCAACCCCACACCCCAGUUCCAAACACCUCUCCCUUCCUAUGAUCUCAUUCAUGUAUCAUGUUAUUCCGCCUACCCUGCACUACCUACCUACCGCUGUCCUGUUCCCAUUGGCUGAGCUGACAUUGUAUAUACAGUAGAACAAGCUUCAGGCAGGGUGGGAUAUCAAUGGGAGGGGAACGGAGGCUUGCCAUGUUCUCUCGGAUUUGUCUGGUUGUGCUAAUCUUGUAUUAAUGUGCUCGGAGGACUUUCCUAGGAUCAUGGUUUUCCGUUGGUCCCUCUGAUCAGGUGAUGGGCUGUGUAUAUGAACCUUUUCCUUCCUGGCUUUCUGACAACAGCGCUCAUUUUAGAUCAUGUUUCCUGGUCUCUACAAGAGCAGAACAUGGCAGUCRCAGCAUACAGUAGCAGACGCCAGUCAUGUCCAGUAUUACAGUACGUACUAGUGCCGUUUUAGUGAGAGAGUAAUCUACCAGGCAACAGCGGCCUUGAACAAACCUGUUUGCUUCGUACAGACACCCCCAUAGACACUACCCAAUGGGAAACCCUCCUAGACUCACCUGUGUGUUACGUACGCAGAGUAAUAUGUGUGUAACACCCCUUUACUUGUGAGCAUGUAGGGCUGCCGUGUGUUCCCAAUAACCAUUGAUUAUUCACUCAGUAUUCACUAACCAUCGACUCACUCACUGGUUCACCUCCCUCCUCUCUUCACUGUCCAUCAUCAGAGCAUUUGAAACUAGUAGACUGUUUGAACACUAGGCUAUUUAACUCUCUUUAAUCUCUGUGUUUGUGAUGGUGUGUUUGAGUGAAUUCUGCUGUAACAAUGAGCUGUGGUGUUCUGUUCUGUUUACUUUCUAUCUCUCUCUCUCUCUCUCUCUCUCUCUCGACUUUGGUUUAUUUUCCUCAUCUGUUUUGGUAGAAGGUUUUCCUCAUCGUUUCCUUCUUUAUUUGUAUUCUUUCUCGUACAAGCAAUACGCUGGAUGGUCUGUUUACCGUUAGGACUCUUCUUGAAUACACGCAAACGUUUUUUCUUUCUUGAAACAAAUGCGCACGGUCAUGAAGACGCAACUCUGUUUCGGGCUUUGAGACCGAGGAAGCAUGUCGGGAAUGUGAGGAGGGAGAUGAAGACAAAUACGGAUAAAACAGAGAGACAACGAACACUGAGGCGUAGUGAAAGACGUGUCCACUUCAGUGUGUUAAAACAACAAUGUGAUGGCAGGGGAACAUUCGAUGUUCAGAACAGUUUGCGCAUAUAAUAUGCCAACAUUUUGACUUUUUGCGCAUAUUAUAUGCACAAACUGUUCUGAACAUUGAAUGUUCCACUGUCAGAAUAGUAGUCUGGGAAAGUUCAAGAAAGUAGAGUUUGGAAGCUUUWAUUUUGAAUACAGUACAAGGGACUUGUGUGAAGAUUAGUUAUUUGAAGGGAAGGGUCUUGGAAAUUGGUGGAGCUGUGUGUCUUGUACGUGCCUCCUGUCCUGUUUACCUGAAACUGGGAUGGUACUCGGGCUGGAAGCUCAAGCUGAUGGGCCCUUGUCCCUGGAGAGUAACAGACCCGCCAAGACGCCUGGUGGCUCUGUAGUCUGAUUAGGAUUGACAAGGAUUCUAUUUUGUAACUAAUCCUUGUUGUUGUUCCAUUUCAGCUCUUUUCUGAGGGUUCUGGUCAGGUGAUUUUGGACAGUUAUAAGUGGACUAGCUGAAGGACUUCUUUUGUCAGGCUAUUGGCAGUGGAACAUUCGAUGUGGCUUAUUGUACAUGUAGCAAUGUAUCCAACGAUUGCCUCCAAUUGCUUUUUUUAGUGCAUGGCCAGGUAAUAUCAUGCCCAGAGCAGAAAGCCUAUGUGCAUUAUGACUUGCAGUGUUGUGGUUCAGUAUAUUUGUCCUUGGGGGCAAAUCAUAGUCAGUGGUUUAUCUUUCCUUAUUAUUGCGUUCUUUGCUUUAGACAGUGGGCAGGAACAAAAUCAGAGGCUGUCCAUUUUGCCUGAAAAUUCUAUUGCAGUUUGGUAUAUAAUUCAGCUAUAAGUUCAUCGUGUUUAUUUGUGUUGUACUCAAAAUGAGGACAGAACAUUGAGUAAUGUUUUUGAGUAAU